AUUGACCAUGACAACUUUGAGUACCAUCGCAAGGAAGUCAUUGCCCCGUGUCUCCUAUGUCACCGCUAUGGAUUUGUUUGUGACUGUGUGCUUUCUAUUUGUCUUUGCUGCUCUGAUGGAGUAUGCCACCCUCAACUACUACUCAAGCUGCAGGAAACCAAACUGUACUAAGAAGAAAAAGUCGAAUUAUUCUGUACUUGAUAUGAGACCACCAACUACAGUCAUCACACUGAACAAUGCCAUGUAUUGGCAAGAAUUUGAAGAUGCGUGUGUCUAUGAAUGUCUGGACGGGAAAGACUGUCAGAGCUUUUUCUGUUGUUAUGAGGAGUGUAAAUCAGGCUCGUGGAGGAGAGGACGGAUUCACAUAGACAUCUUAGAACUGGACUCUUACUCCAGGGUCUUUUUUCCUACAUCCUUCCUGCUGUUUAACCUGGUCUACUGGGUUGGAUACCUCUAUCUUUAAAUGUUGCCUGUAGCAGUGACAGAAGCAGUGACAGUGACAGAAGACUGCUGUGUUUUCUCACUGCGGACGGAUGGUGAAAGURCAGAAAACGUGAAGGACACAGUCAGUUCCAUCUCAAAUUAUAAAGACCACAUUAACCUUCACCAUCGCAGAGCCUGAUGAAGARUUUUCAUAUGUAAUUUCCUGAAAAAAAAAAACCAUGGAAGAUU